AUGGGAAGAUGGGUGGGAGGUGAUAAUUUAAAGAUAGGUGGAGUUGAAGCAGCAGCAGCAGCAACAACAACAGCAGCAGCAGAAGCAGAAGCAGCAACAACAACAGCAGCAGCAGAAGCAGAAGCAGCAGCAGCAGCAGCAGCAGCAGCAGCAGCCUUAUCUUCCUUCCAAAAUCUUCCCUACACCUACCGCAGAAACCCUUAA